AUUCGACAUCAGACAGAUCGUUUGUUGAGUUAUAAAAAUCAUGCAUUGCAGGACAAAGAUCUACGACUCUUACCAUCACCACCACAGCUUUGUUUGCAAUCCCCCAUGUACUCCUUGAUGACAACUUCCUUAGUCUCAUAAUCACGGCAUGGAGUGACAACACUGCAAGGGUUGGUGCAUGGAGUAGCGCAAGGGUUAACGCAAGGGUUGACGCAUGGUUUAACACAAGGGGUGACGCAUGGUUUUACACAAGGGGUGACACAUGGUUUUACACAAGGGUUGACGCAUGGGUAAGGAUAAGGGACAGAGCAAGGGGUUGCACAAGGGUAUACAUAAGGUUUAGUGCAAGGGCUGGCACAAGGGUUAACGUAAGGAUAAGGAUAAACUGAUGUGUAGCAUGUCUUUUUCCUGCAGUCGUCCGCAUGCAGUUUAAUGGCUGGGAAACGGCCAACGGUGCAGAGGUUUUUGUAUGGGUUGUAUACAAAAGGCAUGCUGGGAAAAAAAGAGAGUUACAUGAUCAGUACAUGGUCAUUAGAUGGUUAAUAAUUCAUAAAUAAGGUCUCUUGCAUGGUUUUGUUCUUAGAAGUGAUAUCUGUUCUUUAGGUCAUUUUCACAAUCAUACCAGAAAAGGAAAGACUUAAGAAAUAUUAAUCUGCUAAAGAUGUUGUUGGGUUUUUAACCAACUCUUGAUUAAAAACAGCCUAUAAUUCUAGAUAGCCAAAAUCAGCAACAUAUCUGUGCACAAUAAAGCCAUAUAAUAAGUUUCAAACAGUGUCUGAGAUGAUAACUUACAUGUUUCAGUGCUUGUCCGUUCAAGAGUAACUGAACCGAGAACUUGAUGUACUGCAGCAAGUGAACAGUAAGUCCUGCUAUAACCAGCUCGUUGAUCGUACUGUUGCUUGUCUCCACAGUAGACGGGAUUUUUAUACUUCAUCACCAUCUCCACCCCAUCUACAGCUCAUAGAAAAGAGUGAAGAAUUUCGCUCUCAAGUAAGGGAUCAAAGGCUUUUGAGUCACAAGUUAAUUUUGAUGUUUUUUUUUUUUUAGAGAAUUAAUGGGACAAAUUAACAUAUUACUUUAAUUGUUCUAAACUAUAGGCAGAGCCAUUUUACUCUUAUUUUCCUGACAGAGCAGGUCUAAGACAUUGAAAUUAAUCAUAAAACUGAUGAAUAUAUCCUUUAUUUAUUCCUAUGUCUUAAAGUUAUCACAAACAUUCUGUAAGCAUGUCUGUAUAUUUAUUACUUAUUGUUUGUUAAUCUUGUUACACUGUUUAAGAGGGGAGUGAGUAGGACAAUGAUUUUUGCAUUUUAUGCAAUGCCGCGAUUGGUGUACUAAAAACAUUUCUUUUACAUACAUUUGAAGGAAUGAAGCUCCCUUCAACAAAGAGAUUAGAUAAGGGAUUUUAAGGCAAAAUUAGCUUUGACACAUACAGUAAUAUUGCAUUAUUAGGCUAUAUUAAUUUACAGUUAAUUGUCUGUUACUCUUACAUUUAUCUCUAAUGAUUGUCAGAACAAGGACAACUCUUUGAUGUCGACUUUAAGUGAGUUAUUAAAUAGAACUAUUCAUAAAAUUGGAAAGAGGAGAAACUAUGAGAAUGAAAAUUCACAUGCAAGAGAAUCUAAAAAUAAAUAUGCUGUUUAAUUUCCAGGUUUUAUUAUUUUUUCCUUCUUUUUACAGACAGAGAGAAAAAUGUGGCUUGACAAUUGGAAGUAAUGAAUCUGAUGUCAUAACUUUAAAUCACUUAAAGUAUGUCUUGUGAAAAUAUUUGCACUGGAACCAAACUGGAAUUGGAAGAGCGGGAAGGGGAACGCAGCCAAUCAGUUUGCAGUAUCAGCCCAUGCAGUGAUUCCAAAGGCAUACAAGCAUGUGGAAGUGACGUGCUGCAGGUGUGCUCUAUUGACCUCCUUAAAGGCAGAAAAGAACAAAAUCGACUGGAGCAUCACACAAAUUAUUAUCAGAGUGAUCACCUCAUCAUCCGUAGAGGACAAUGUUUCCAGAUGUGGGUCGAGUUGACACGAGCUUUUAUUCCAAAAACAGACAAACUUCAUCUGGAGUUGAUAGUUGGUCAUGUCCCAUCCAUCCGAGACGGCACUUAUGUGAUCGUUCCGAUAGUGGAAGAAUUCAAGAAAGACUGCUGGGGGGCAAAGAUUGUCGAAAAGUGUCAAAACCGAAUCAAACUGUGUGUGCACUCACUUCCGACUGCUUGUGUUGGACGAUACCAACUCAGUGUCGUGACUCACUGUCAAGGAGGAAGAUUCACUCUACCAUAUGUUCCUGACAAUGACAUUUACAUGCUGUUCAACCCCUGGUGUAAAGAUGACUGUGUGUACCUGGAUGACGACUCAGAGAGAGUUGAGUAUGUGCUGAAUGACAUGGGCAGAAUCUACUAUGGAACUAAACAGCAGAUUGGCUGCAGAACAUGGAACUUUGGUCAAUUUGAGGAGGGAAUCUUGCCUGCAUGUUUUUAUGUGUUGGAGAAGAGUUGUACCCCUUGCUCAGGAUGGAGAAGCCCCAUUAACAUCUCCAGAGUGGUGUCUGACAUGGUUAUUGCCAACAAAGACUGUGGUGUGUUGGUGGGUAACUGGUCUAACUGCUAUGGAGAUGGAACUUCUCCUACAUCCUGGUGCAGCAGCAGUGCCAUCCUGAGACAGUACCACAAAUGUGGAGGAGUACCUGUCAAAUAUGGACAGAGCUUGGCCUUUGCUGGAGUCACCAACACAUUGUUGAGGUGUUUGGGCAUUCCCACUCGUCCCGUCUCAAACUUCUGUUCUGCUCAUGACACUGAUGUUUCUUUGACAAGUGAUAUCUAUUUGGAUGAGAAAUUUCAGCUGAUUGAUCACAUGAACCAUAAUUCAAUCUGGAACUACCAUGUGUGGAAUGAGGCCUGGAUGGCUCGUCCAGACCUGCCAUCUGGUUUUGGAGGUUGGCAGGUAAUUGAUUCCACUCCUCAGCUGACCAACCAGGGAUUCUUCCGUUGCGGCCCCACCUCUGUUGCUGCCAUCCGCAGCGGACAGACCUUCCUGAAGCAUGACGUGCCCUUCAUUUUCGCUGAAGUGAACAAUGAUAGAGUGUACUGGCAGCGGAGAUGUGAUGGCACCUUUGGUGUUGUCCAUGUUGAGAAAAACGCAGUAGGUCACUGCAUCAGCACCAAGGCCGUUGGCUCAGACAAACGCUUUGAUAUCACGCACCUCUACAAACAUCCAAAAGGUACGGAGGAAGAGCGUAUUGCUGUAGAAUCAGCCAUUCGCCAUGGCUCCAAGCGGUGUACAUACCCAUUGCCCUGCGCAGAAGAUGUGACCGUUAAAGUCACCAUGCAUGGGGAAGGACCAUGUGUAGGCAAGGAUGCUGUGCUUUCCAUCAUUUUGCAGAAUAAAUGCAACUCACCUCGUACCAUCACCCUCUACAGACAAGUGGCAGCCACAUUUUACACCGGAGUCCAUAAUGCCUUAGUGAGGAAGAGCCAAGUGAACAUUGAGCUGAAGGCCUCUGAGGUCCAGACUCUACCAUGGACCCUGCGAUACGAUGAGUAUAAGAACCACCUAGUGGAUCAGGCGGCCUUGAUGCUCCAUCUCUUUGGACACGUCGCUCAGACCAAACAGAUUCUGGCCACCCAGUUCCACUUCAGACUGCGCACACCAGAUCUGGUUAUAUCUCCUGUAUGUGAUGCUGUGGUGGGUCAAGAAGUGCCAGUCAAAAUCACAUUCCAGAAUCCACUGCCUUGUGUCCUAAAGAAUGUGAUAUUCCGUAUUGAGGGUCUGGGACUGAAGCAUGCCAAAAUUGUCAGCUAUGGUGAUAUUGCAAGCCUGUCCACAGUGAACCUGACAGAGACAUUUAUUCCAUUGCGGCAUGGCGCACAGAAACUGCUGGCGUCCCUCGACUGUCCUCAACUUAAUCAAGUGCAUGGUGUUGCCAACAUUACUGUUAAACAGUGAAAAAGUACUUUAACUAAAGAGAAGAAAUGUUUGUUUCUUUGAACUUUAAACCUGUUCAUCAUGAUCUCAGAGGAGAUUGCACUCAGGAUGUUUUAUGCCUGACAUUUUUUCAUCUUGUCAUGAAAACAAAUCUGAAUAAAAAUCUUUGAAAACUUAAA